CUUUUCCCUAUUAUUAAUUAGCACCUGUUUGAAGAGAGUGAGUGAGUGGGUCUGAGUCUUAGAGAGUGGUAUACGCGCUCUUAUCGAAGCUCUGCACCUUCUUCUUCUUCUUCAAUCUUCAGACAUGGUUAUCCCUCCUCCAGUAAGGCCUCCAAGGAUCACACAAUUUCUAAAACCCUAUGUUCUGAGAAUGCAUUUUACCAAUAAGUAUGUGAGUGCCCAGGUGAUCCACACGCCAACUGCUACGGUGGCCUCUUCUGCUAGCUCACAGGAGAAAGCAUUGAGAUCAAGCUUGGAAAUUAAGCGUGAUGUGGCCGCGGCUGCAAAGAUCGGGAAGUUACUAGCCGAACGCCUCUUGCUUAAGGACAUUGCUGCUGUUUCUGUUCAUUUGAAGAGAGAACAGAAGUAUCAUGGGAAGGUUAAGGCAGUUAUUGAUUCUCUCAGGGAUGCUGGCGUUAAGCUUCUUUGAGUUUAAGGUGGUUGUGUGUUUUAGUUGUACCCGAGUGAGUGGCAUCAUCCUUGUUGGAACUUGUCUUUAAGGAGAAAAGAAAGAUGGUUGGAAAUUUCUGGUACUUCUGUAUUAUUUUAGUAGAAAAUAAUAACUAAAAAAAGUUAAACCAAUGUAAUAUCUUUUAUGUUUGUAUUACCCUCAUAUCAAGAAGGUUCACAUUUUUUAUGGUGG